AUGGGACAAUUUUACGUCCCAGAGUUCAAUUUGGGAAUACGGAUAUUUCUUGCCGCCAUCUUGGCAUAUACAACGGCUGCACCUGCCCUGCUACUCGGCCAUGAGGCAGAAUUCAUCCACUCUGUUCCACUAACAGCCAAAUCCACAAUCACCAGAAGCAACCAAGUCGUUGAUCAUGGAAGCACUUUAAUCCACUCGCCUAUAGUCCCCGUCGUUCAUCAAGCUCCAUUGAUUCAUGCAGCUUCAGUGGAUAUACCUGCAUCUAAGUUUACAGUCACGAAGAGCAGUCAAGUAGUAAAUCAUGGCAGCACUGCUGUAGUUCAUAGUGUACCAUUGGCUACACAUAUUCAAGAUGCCGUAGUUGCUGUUCCGUCCAAAACGACGGUUACAAAAAGCAACCAAAUUGUUGACCAUGGAACCCCAUUACUAGCUCACUCGGCCCCAUUACUAGCUCACUCGGCCCCAUUAGUGAGUUUGAAGACCGGAGACUCAGCGGUGUCACAUCAUCAAUCGACUGUCCACGAGACUGUACCAGUAGUGAAAUCAGUGCCUCUAGUCUCUUUGUACCAUUAG